AUGAACCUCUCCUCGUGCCGCCAGCUGGUGGACGGCGGGCACCCGGACCUCAUCCUGCGGCACUACAACUACACGGGGCGGCUGGAGCUUCGGGGACCCCCGGGGGAGGGCUUGGGCUGGCUGCGGGCGCUCUUCGUGGCCGUCAGCUGCCUGAUCAUCGUGGAGAACCUGCUGGUGCUGGUGGCCAUAGUCACUCACAUGCGCUCCCGCCGCUGGGUCUAUUAUUGCAUCGUCAACAUCACCCUGAGCGACCUGCUCACGGGCGUGGCCUACCUGGCCAACAUCGUGCUGUCGGGCCCACGCACCUUCCGCCUGACGCCCACCCACUGGUUCCUCCGGGAGGGGCUGCUCUUCAUGGCCCUGGCGGCCUCCACCUUCAGCCUGCUCUUCACGGCCGUGGAGCGCUUCGCCACCAUGAUGCGGCCCGUGGUGGCCCGCAGCAGCAAGACGGCACGCGUGUACGGCUUCAUCGGGCUCUGCUGGCUGCUGGCCGUGCUGCUGGGGCUGCUGCCCCUGCUCGGCUGGAACUGCGCCUGCGAGUUCGCCGCCUGCUCCAGCCUGCUGCCGCUUUACUCCAAGUGGUACAUCCUCUUCUGCGUGGUCAUCUUCAGCCUGAUCCUGGCCUCCAUCAUGCUGCUCUACGGGGCCAUCUUCCGCCUGGUGCGCGCCAACGGCCAGAAGGCCCCUCGGGGCCACGCGCAGGACAAGGCCCGGCGCCUCCUCCAGACCGUGCUCAUGAUCCUGGUGGCCUUCCUGGUCUGCUGGGGCCCGCUCUUCGGGCUGCUGCUGGCCGACGUCUUUGGCUCCUCCGACUGGGCCCAGGAGUACCUGCGCGGGAUGGACUGGAUCUUGACGUUGGCGGUGCUCAACUCGGCCAUCAACCCGCUCAUCUACUCCUUCCGCAGUCGGGAGGUGUGCAGGGCAGUGCUGGGCUUCUUGUGCUGGGGCUGCCUGAGACUGGGGGUCCGCGGGCCCGGGGACUGUCUGGUCCGGGCCAUGGAGACCCAUUCCGUCUCUUCCACCGAAAGCUCCCUCCGGCCCCGGGACAGCCUUCGGACUUCCCGCUCCCUCAGCUUCCGGAUGCGUGAGCCUCUGUCCAGCGUGUCCAGUGUACGAAGCGUCUGAGGCCCCCGCCUCCAGCCUCCUGGCCCAAACCCCUCCUCUCGCCCUCGCCUCCUGGCCGUGGCCCACCCGAGGGAGGGCACGUCGGGGGUGGGGCCUCGUGCCCUUGGCUAACUAUGGGCCGAAGUUCCGGGAACCGUCUCCCCUCGCCUACUUUCCUGCAAGGGGUUUUGGGCAAUGAUCUGGGGUAGGGGUCCUGGGCUUGAGGCCAAAGUCCUGAUGUCUCGGGCAAAGAGGAUGUUACAUCAUAGAGCCCAGCACCCCAGUGGGCACUGGCAGGAUGUCCAGGGCAAAGAUCUUCUACCUCUGGGCCCGAGGGAGUGGCUGUUUUGGCGGGCUGAGACUCUCUACUUGCAGCCACCUCUCUUCCACACCCCAGUGGACCCCUACCCUUUUGUUCUGGUUGGCCGGGAAGGGUAAGGUUCUUUGGAGGACUCCAGCCUCAUCCUUCCUUGGGCUGGGAUUGCUGAGGCUGCCGGGCCAGGCUGAGUGGGCAGCUUGCAGACCGGUGACUUGUUGGAGUGGGGAAAGUGCAGAGAAGAAAGGGGGUCGGGGUAACAUAACCCUAUGUACGUGGGCCCUGGAGAACGGGCUAAAUGUCAUGCGAUGGAAUUCAAAGCAUGAAUGGGAAUGUGUGACAGGCGAGGGGAUUAGUCCUGGGAAAGGCUUUCCUUAGGGACGUGUCUGGGCUGUUGCAAGGGUAUGAAACACUAGACAUUUGUCUAUGUGUGUAGGUCUCAAGAGUCCACAGUGUUCCUCUCCACAAGAGCACAUAAAGAGUUCAUCUUGCUCAUCCCCUUGCCUCCAUGGCACUCCCCAGUGUCUCUGAGAGAAGAGUCUGCUCACCCCUUGGUUUUUAGAAAUCUAGGGGUUCUAUCUUCCUGUUAUUUAAAGAUCUCCCUCCACAAGAGCACAUAGUUCAUCUUGCUCAUCCCCUUGCCUCCAUGGCACUCACAGUGUCUCUGUGGGAAGAAUCUGCUCACCCCUCUGUUUUUAGAAAUCUCCAGGGAUUCUACUCUUCCUGUUAUUCAAAGGUCUGAAUGGAGACACAUGGGUAUUAGGAUGUGUGUUAAGAAUGAAUAUGAGUUCAUUUUAAUUAACUUUACAGGAUCACAGCUCAGUGGGACCUCAGAGAUGUGCUAGUGUAAGUGACCAUGACCUGGGGCUUGGGUAUCUGUGCAUGUUUUUAAAAAAAUUUUAGAUAACUGCAUUUCAACAUAACUGGUUUCCUCAGUAACCCUGUGUCUUUUGCUUUAUGCAUUUCAAAACAUGAUUUUGAGAAAGGGUGCAAAGGUUUUUCACCAGGUUUCUUCCUAAAGGGGUUAAGUAUACAAGGGAAGGUUAAGAAUCAGUGAUUUAGGCCAAUCCCUUUAUUUCACAGCUGGGGAAACUGAAUCCUACAGAGGGGAAGAGCUUAUUUGUAAGAGAGAUGGAAUAUAUCUGUAAAAAUUAGAAUGUGAUUGUGUAUUCAGGGAGUAGGGUUGAGAAAGGAACUCUGUGUGUGUGUGUGUGUGUGUGUGUGUGUGUGUGUGUGUAUGUUUUAAACCAACUGCAGGCUCCUCUUGUCAUUUCCCCCUCUCUAGGUCUGGGGUAUUUAUCUGAAAAUCCCAGUUCCCUGGCCUGAGACCAUUAAAUAUGGUCAUUUUCUCUCUAUCUCCCAAGUCUCUGAGGCCAGAGGGAUGGCAUUGGCCAUCCCUUUUCCCCUACCCAUGGCCCCUCCCUUCUUACCCUUAAAUGUUAUUUUUCACAAAUUAAAGAGGAACUGCCAGCCAGUCACUGUGGGGAGGUAGCUGCCAUUUUCUGGGAUGUUGGGGUGUAGGGCUCCAUCCAUAACCGUUCUACGUGGACAGUGGGUAAUUGAGGAAGUCAGGGCUGGAAAAUGGGAAGGACAGAGCCCCAAGUCCUGAGCCUCUCUGAGUCCAGAUGCUAGCAGAGGCUCCUUUCUCUCUGCCCUGGAGACCCACGGUAGCCUCUCACCUCUUUUUAUUUGUGUUCCCACAGCUUCUGUCCUUCCUUCCAUAUUCCCCAGGCUGACUUAUUUCUUCGUUUUCCUAGAACAACAGACAGAAGCUGAGCUGGCUGUCUGGGACAUUUGAGUUCUAGGUCCAGUUCUGACAGUUCCUUGACAGCCUCAAUAACUUCCUCCAUCAGAUGAGAAGAUUGUACCCAUAAAAUCAGCUCUCAACUUUGACAUUCCAUGUUCUCAGGACCCUCCCAGUGCUGACAUCCUGUGUUUUAAGGGUUCUUCCAGCCCUGACAUUCUAUGUUCUAGGAGCCCUCCCAGCUCUGACAUUACAUGAUCUAAGAACCCUCCCAGGGCUCACUUUCUGUGAGCUCUGACAUUCUAAGGUCUCUGACAUUCUUUAUUCUAAGGUCUUUCUAGCUUGAUGUCCUGUGGUCCUAGGUCCUAGACAUAGUAUGCAUGAAAAAUAAUCCAGAUGGGGAAACCUGGAAUGCUGUCUCUGCAGAUUUUCAAACAGACUAGAGGACCAUUUGUCAAGGACAGUGUAGAGGGGAUAAGGGUCUUUCAGAAGUCCCUUUCAGCUGACAUUCUCUGAAUCCCUCCUAGAAGAAAAAGAGACUUCUGGGAUUAGUCAAUAAACAUUUUCUAAUGACAAUGUGGCUGAGGAUUCAUUCUUGAUUUUGAUCUCCAGGUCACCUUUUGAGUAGAUUCAGAUCAUUUUCAGAAGCCCCAGAAACAUCCUCUUCCCUCCCUCCCCCCACAGUCAUUGCCUUGGAAACAGGAAGCAUAGGGCUGCUACUGGAUGUGGGAGGGUAAGAGAUGGUGACCGUUGAGGAGGAAAUAGCUAACACCCCAGCCUUGGUACUGAGAUGAGUCUUUAUGAAAGAGAUACCAGAUGCAAGAGAAUUGUCUGAAAUGGUGUUGGUCACAAGUGUGAAGGGAGCCCCCGUCUCUCUCCCUGCAGCUUUUUCAGGAAGAUACAGAAAAGCUUUGGGUGUUCUUCAAGAUUUGUGUUCUAGAGUUCUCGGUGGGGGUUCCACAGGCAAUCUCCACCCCAGAUCCAGUUCACUGACCACUUCUGGAGGAAUUACCAGAAGACAUAGUGUCAUGCCAGAGAGAUUCUUUCACUAGAUGCUGAGUUCCACAAAGACACAUACAGUGUCUUAGCCAAGACUUUGGGUUUAAGAGUUGAAAGGACCUUGAGAUCCUUUGACAAAUGACAAGGUCAUAGAUUUAGAGAUGUAAGGGAUGAAUCCAAUGAAGAAACAGAGUGCUAGAAGGGGUAUGUCACUUGUCCAUAGGUUUUGAACCCAGGUCUUCUCACCCUAAAUUUAGGAGUUUGUCUUCUACCCCACAAUACCAUCUAAAUGUGUUACUUCCUACAGUGUCCAGCAAAGGAUGUUGCAUAAAGGCAAUCUUUUUUUUUAUUUUAACUUUUUAUUGACAGAACACAUGCCUGGGUAAU